GGUGUUGGUGUGAAUUUCGUAAACGCGUUGUGUUUAAUGUUUUUCUUGUAAAAAGUAUUUUUGAGUGAAUAGACGUUUAAUUUUAUAAGUAAAGUGUUUUCUUAUUCGAACGACAGUUGUGUAUGCAUUCGAGUACUUGGAAAAUAGUUACAUUUACGCAAUUGUGCGAGCGACUCGAUGUCAAUAAACUUGUCGGUGAUAUUUUAUGGGAAAGGUGUGCCGCGUCGCUAAUACCUGUUCGCGGCGGGAGGGUGCAUGAAAUCGGGAUGUUGGCGGAGACGGGUGGCGCCUGAGCGUAUGGUGCCAUGGUGUCGUAGAUAGGGAAGAGAAUAACAAGAUGCUGGUUUCAUUGCGUUCCUGUCGACAUCCUCAGACAUUUUUGAAACGAGUACACACGUCCCGCUUUUCCGAUUUCGAAGGACCAAUACUAUGUGAAUAUAAUACCGUAUCCCAGCGGGACAUCUCAAGACUGAUUCCCACGGAUGCCUUAAAAACGACCAGAGACGCAAGAUGAUCUAUGGAUAAUAAAGAAAUAUUUUUCUAAAAAAAAUAUGCAAUAAAGACAAGCGUAGUUAAAUAUUUUCGAACGAGUAUUUUUGGAAGUUUUUUUUUACAUAGACAAUAAUGCUUGCGUAUGGUGCUUUAUAGUGUAGUGAGGUGAACAAGCGUUAUAUCGAUUGUUUACGGGUAAUGAUAGAGUUGUAAUUUGCGUGGUUAUGAAUACCGCGAUGUCGAGCGACGAGGCGGUAAAGGUGGAAGGGGGACAUGUCUCCGUCACAACAAUCAGCAUGUCUGGUCCAGAAACUAGCAACGGUCAGUUCUCCUACAGCUCGAGCGGAGUACGCAUCAGCGUGUCUUCAGAACCUCACGAUGAGGAUUCUACUGAUGCUGAAAUCUCCAAAAUCGAUUUCACGCAACAUCAAUACGAGGUGAACAUGAGAAACAAAAAGAAGCGUUCCUCAAGCGGACAGUGCGAACAGAAUGCAGAACAAGAACGGCCUAUGUCCUGGGAAGGGGAACUCUCCGACUCUGAAAUGGUUAUUGAUACCAGUGUCAACAAUGAUGAAAACAGCAGCUCUCUCGACUUGCAAUCCUCGCGGGACUCCAUCGACACUCUUCGAAACGUGACCAUUAAGACUGAGAAACUCAGAGAAGACCCUCUCAAACUAGAAGCGUUUCAGAGCUUGGACGAUCAACGAGUUCUGGACCUCAAAUACAGCGUCCCCUUGCAAUCGCACCAGCGGAGCCUCAGCAUGAACAGGAUAUCAGUGUUAACGGAUAAUACGUCUCUAUCCCUCGCGAGACGACCGUCGUCGCCGACAAGCAGUGCUAAAUCGACCAUGUCUGAUCACUACGACACGACGCAACUAAUGCACAAUCCUGUCGCAGAAGUCCAGAACUUGACUAUCAAAAAGGAAACCCAAUUGUCUGAACUAAAAUGCGAACCAACAGUGGGUAUGGACAAGUUAUUAGGUCUCCACGGUUCGCCGUUGUUAGGUAGACUGCCUCGGGUUCAAUCGAGUGCCAGUACGGAUUCCGCCGUACAUUCUAUGUACACACAUAGUGUAUACAGUAGUCCUUCAGCUAGUCCUCGUCCGUCUCGUCACUACACGCCGUCUCUUUCUCGCAAUAACAGCGAUGCAUCACACUCAUCGUGUUACUCAUACAGUUCCGAGUUCUCACCUACUCAUUCGCCAGUUCAGGGCCGACAUCCUCACGUUGUGUACCGCGAGGCGACAGUCUUCCCCGCCUCGCCCGCGCAUGACGAAGAUACGGAUACAACUGAUGAACGCCUUCAUCAUCAUCAGGGUAUUAGCAGACAACAGCUGAUUAACAGUCCGUGUCCAAUUUGCGGUGACAAGAUAAGCGGUUUCCAUUACGGAAUAUUCUCCUGUGAAUCUUGCAAGGGAUUCUUCAAGCGGACCGUACAAAACCGGAAGAACUACAUGUGUCUUCGCGGUGGGAACUGUCCCGUCACUGUUGCCACGAGGAAAAAGUGCCCUGCCUGCAGAUUCGACAAGUGCUUGGGAUGUGGAAUGAAGCUCGAAGCGAUCAGAGAAGACCGCACGCGCGGCGGGCGCUCCACGUAUCAGUGCUCGUACACGCUGUCGGGCGCGGCGUCCACGGGCUCGCUGCUGUCCGCGCACGCGCCCACCACGCUGCGACACGCCUCCAGCCUCACUUGCGUAAAUGGCCCGGGAUCGUACACCAGUCGAGGAGAAUCGAGCAACAGCCGACUCACGCCCGACAUACCGCCGUUAUUACAGGAAAUAAUGGACGUGGAACAUUUAUGGCAAUACAACGAGUCGGAGCUCAGCAGGAUGAGUAAGUCGACGGGCAGCCCGUCCGCCAACCCGCUGCUGGCGGCCAGCGGCAUCACGGCGCAGAACUCCAGCGCCGACUUCCUUGCCGACCUCUGCAACAUCGCGGACCACAGGCUCUACAAGAUCGUCAAGUGGUGCAAGAGUUUGCCGCUCUUUAAAAAUAUUUCGAUCGACGACCAGAUCUGCCUGCUAAUCAACAGCUGGUGCGAGCUGCUGGUGCUGUCGUGCUGCUACCGCGGCGUCAGCACGCCGGGCGAGGUGCGCGUGGGCGGCGGCCGCGGGAUCACGCUGCACCAGAGCGCCAAAUACGGCUUGACACCAUGCAUAGAACGAAUGCUUAGUUUCACAGACCACUUGAGGAGGUUACGAGUGGACCGAUAUGAAUACGUCGCGCUCAAAGUUAUUGUACUACUCACUUCAGACGCACCAGAAUUGCGUGAAGCGGAAAAAGUGCGAGCAUCCCAAGAAAAAGCGCUGGCAGCGCUGCAAGCGUACACAGCGACGCAUUCGCCUGAUACGCCCGCUAAGUUCGGCGAACUGCUUCUGCGUAUACCCGAGUUACAAAGGACUUGCCAGUUUUUCAUGCAAGUCGGAAAGGAAAUGCUUAACCCGGCUAAUAAGGGCAAGGACGGUGAAGGUCCAAGCUUCAAUCUCCUUAUGGAACUUUUAAGAGGCGACCAUUGAUCAUUUGAAGAGGGAAAUCACAUUGCUCAAGAAAAUGCUAUAAGCAUAACUACUUCGAAUUUUAUAAAUAUUAGUUCUCAAGAAAGACACAUACACGCUGAAGUGAUAUCACUGUAUUGCCUUUUAUAACUAAGCCCCAAAGUAUAAUUUGGCCUUGAAACAAAGACUGCUUUCAUGAACAUUAAUAUACAUAUUUGCUUGUAUAAGUGUAUUUUGUAAUUAUAUUGAUUAUAAUGUAAUUUUGUAAAACUUGGAUAUUAUAAUGCAUUUAUUUUUUUUAAUAUAUCUAUUGCUCUCAAAAAUCUUUUUGUGCUCUACAGCAUAUAUUUCUAUAUAUUAUAUGCGUAUUAAUUCGUGUUAGAAUUAUCUCAAAAACGGACACUGCCAUAUAUAAUUAGAAUAUUCUAAGAAUAAGGCCACGGGAACAAUUAAUAACAAUAUAAUGAACUGACUGAUACUUAUCGAUUUGUCGCAGAAAUAUGAUGUAUGUUAGUAAAUAUGAACAUAAGGAACAAACUUCCAUUGAUCUUCCUUUUUGUAUGAGACUUCAUAGCCAUAAAUAAUUACUAUUUUACGUAAAAUAAAUGUGAACAAUGUUAAAAUUUUUGCGAUGACAAUAAUAAUAAGCUAUUUUUAAAAUGGUUUCCAAUAUCAUCGUAUCCUUUUUUUAAAUAUACAGUAGAGAUCUUUCGUAAAACGAUAAUUCAUAAAAAAACUUGCCAAUAUCCUAUGUGUCUGCUAACAAUCAAAAUAUAUGUAUAAAUUUUUAUUCUGCUUAAUGCUAUUUGAUCGCAAAAUAUUCUGCUAAUAUCAUGUAUAUGAUAGGGAAUAUUGUUUUUUUAUAUGUAAAUGAUGUUGAUAUUAAAUAAAAGGUAGAUUUGGAUACUUAUAAAAAAGUGACAUUGAUUGUAAUUUUUGUAAUUUUAUACUCGACUGUCUGUGACUGUCUUAGCAUAUGUAAUUGUAUGUAUUUUUUUAUAAAGGUGUUUAAAUAAUUUUAGUACACCUUAGAGUUAAUAACUUAACCAAAAAAUAUGAUUUAAACUGAAUUAUUUAACUACAAUUCUGAGGUUCUGACCUCCAAUGACAGAAAACACGAUUUACUUUUUUGUUUAUUUUAAGGUGGCACAGGAAAAGUACAUACAGCCUAAAUGUUAUGGUGCGUUUCCACUGAAAAACUAUUUCUGAUUUUGCAAUCGUUAACAAUUCAAUAAGUCAAAGGCGCGUAAUUAAAGUAAAUAACUUACUAAUUUGCGUUUUGUGGAGAACUUUACUUGAUGUGCAUUAUUUUUAAACGGUUUCAUCAAAUAUCUACAACUAGACAUCCUUAGAGAUAUAAUAUACAUUUGGUUAAGUUAUAACCAUAGGCGGGAUAAAUAUUGCCCAUUGUAAUCAUUGCCAUUUCGUUUAAGCUACUUAAUAUAUAAUGUAAUGUUUAUAUAGGUGUAAGUGAGAAGGUAAAACCUUUACUUAGCUCUGUUUUAUUGAGUGUCUAUAAGAUAAAUUAUCUACAUGCCCUUAGUGGAUUUUUUUUCCGUCUUUAAUUAUUAUAAAGAUGUAUAUAUAUGAAUGUUUAAUUAUAAUUUCUUUUAUUUUUCUUUCGUGCAAUACUUGGCAUAAAGAUUUUUUUUUUGUUUAAUAAUAAAAUAUAUAUUUUAAACUUUAUGCUUUGUUUUGGCACUUUAUUUAGCUGAUAAAUGACAGCUAUCGAAACCAGUAAUUCACUGCCCAUUAUAUUAGGAGAAAAAUUGCUGAAAGCAUAUCUUUUGUUUUGUUGCAAUAGUUUUCGAUGAAAAUAUUAUUUUAGUAAUAAAAUUUUAGUAGUAAGUAUAGUAGUAAAAUAUCUUAGCAUAAUUAUUGUAACAUAGAUAAAAAUCUGUUGUAGAUUAAGUUACAAUACAGUUGAGGAAUUUUAAAAUAAGAACGUUUUUUUAGUUUUUUUUUUCUAAUAAAAUUGAUUAAAGUUAUAAAAUGUAUGCAAUGUCAAAAUAUUUCUUUUUUACGGAUGAAUUUACAAACAGGGCUAUUUAUAGUAAUUAUAUGUCAUAUCAACAAACUCUAGAUAUUCCCUUAACUUAAAUUUUACAAAAUAAUAAAAAACAAUUCAAGCCAAGUUAAAAUAAAUAAUAGUUUUUAAUGAUUAAAUAGUAUCAUAAGGGCACAAGUACUUCGAUUUAUGUUUUUAGUUUUAAUAAUCGAGCUCAUAUAAUGUAAGUAAUAAUAUAAUGUUUUGAAAACUAUGUGCCACAUGAACGCUACGUUACAGCUAAUGCACAUUGUAGAUUUUUGCUAUACUGUUUAUUAAAUAAAAAUAAUAAUGGACUAGAGCUAAAAAUAUCAUACUCAUAAUAAAUAAAAUUUAAAUACUAACAUAAUAAUUUACUUGAUCUGCCAAAGUGGUAGAAUUAUUACAGAACAAACGUAUGUAUGUGUUGUUCAAAAAAUUGUUGUAACCCGACUACAACUUUUUACAAAUAAAAAAUCUCCAAUGUGCACUAGCUUUUAGUUUAGAUCAAGUUUUGAGAUUUAUAUAUGUGAUUCAGUUUGUUUCUCAACGCAAAAUGCUAAUAUAAAUAUUCUUCAUAAAAUUAUGGCAGGAAAGUUGCAAUUUUGAUAAUAAAAUUAUGCAAUCCAGGUAAGAUAUAAAAGAAAUAUUUCUUCGCAAAAACUCUUGUCGUCGUUUUAUAGUUAUCUUUUGAUGAUAUUUUCUUUAAAAUCAUAACAAGUCACAUUUUCCAUACUUAACGUGUAAUAUGUGUUUGUAUGAAAGUAAAAUAUGGAUAAUUUGUGUGUAAGUUUUUGAACUGAUAAUAAUAAGAUUUGUCAUUACAAAAACUUCUUUAGUAUACCUUAAUUAUUUGUCAAAAAUUAAAAGAAAUAUUGAAACAGUAUGAUAAUACAAGAAUAACGUUGGAUUUUAUUUUGCAAUUAUAUAUAUAUAAAUAUAUAUAUUAUUAUCAAAAGAGAGGUGUGAAUGUCGCAAUUAAGGAGAAGGCAGGUCUGAGUGGAUCCGAAUAAUUUUUAUAUUAAAAAUUUGAAGGAAAGAGAGAAUGGUAUUGCGUCCAAUAAUUUGUAACUUUACGUUUGUUAUAAUAUUUAAAUAAGUAUUAUAUUGAUAUUCUAUUCUUUAUUUUGUAGAGAUAAGAAAAUAUUUUUAU